GGGAUGCGUCUCCCGGAGACAGUAUGUCGGACAAAAAAAAAAAUUGUGGGUUCCCCCUAUCAUGAGGUUCGAAGACCCAUCAUGAGGAUUCCCACUUUGGCGAUCCAUUUUGAUCGUACGGUUGUCCAGGACGGUUUCAAGUACAAUACGGAGUCACAUCUAGCGCCUGUCCUGGCAACAGCAAUCAAAUCAGAGCUGAAGCUGAGCUCUGAGAAGGAAGAGAAGAAUAAAAGUGGAAUUUCAGCAAAGGAAUACCACCAUUCUCUUCUUUUGGAGAUCCUUGCAGAUGAGCUCAAAUGUGACAUUGAUGAGAUCGUCGAUUUGGAAAUGAGCGUUUGCGAUACUCAGCCAAGUGCAAUAGGGGGUGCACGGGACGAGUUCAUAUUCUCGGGGCGCCUCGAUAACCUCGCAUCGUCAUUCUGUGCUCUCCGGGCGCUCAUCGACUCCUGCUCCGAGGAAAACUCUCUAGAAGACGAGAAAUCGGUGCGGAUGGUUGCGUUGUUCGACAACGAGGAGGUGGGCUCGAACUCCGCUCAGGGAGCGGGUUCUCCAACUCUCUUCCACGCAAUGAAACGCAUCGCAAGGUUACUUGCUCGAUCUGGAGGGAAUGCGGAAGCUGAAGGCAUCGUGGAGCGAGCUAUCCAGAGGAGCUUUCUUGUGUCCGCAGACAUGGGCCAUGCAUUGCACCCAAAUUAUCCGGACAAGCAUGCAGAAAAUCACCAGCCAAAGUUAAAUGAGGGCCUCAUCAUCAAGCACAAUGUCAACCAAAGAUACGCAACGACUGUGGUCACGUCGUUUCUUUUCCGAGAGAUUGCUCGUUUGAACAACAUUCCAUUUCAAUACUUUGCUGUGCGCAAUGAUAUGGGCUGUGGAUCGACUAUCGGACCUAUCCUUUCUUCAGGAAUCGGAAUACGCACUGUCGAUGUCGGGCUGCCACAGCUGUCCAUGCACAGCGUACGAGAGAUGAUGGGUACGGCGGAUGUUGACAUUUCCUAUGAUCAUUUCAAAGCCUUUUUCAAAACUUUCAACAGCAUCGACGAGAAGCUCAAGGUCGACGGUUGAGAACUGAUAAUGGCCACAGCGGUUCUAUAGCCACGCUAUUGUCUAUCGGUUGAUUGUGUCCCUGAUGAGAGAGAAAGCCAUCCUAGUUUCAUUGAUUUUGGACUCAUUUCUAAUUGCCGGACAAUUUUCCACUUUUCAUCACAACCCAAGA